GACCCGCCGGCGCCUCAGGCCUCCUCUCAGGGAAGAGCCCGGCGGAGGCCAUGGCUUUCGCGAGGCGGCCCCUCAUGGCGGCGGCCCUGUUCUUGCUGGCGCUCGUCGCCUCAGCGCGGGCCGAGAGAGGCGCCGUCGUCGGCUGCGCCUCCUCAGGGCUGUGGGAGUCCGAGGCGCCCGAGGCCUGCCCGGCGGAGCUUUCCCCUCAGCCGGCGGGCUUGGUGGUGGCGGCGGCGGCGGCGUCGCCGUCCUUCCGCGGCCCGGGCAACUCGGACCCGCGUCCCAACCGGGAGCUGCCCAUCCUGCUGUGGUGGAGCGGCGGCCUGUUCCCGCACUUCCCGGGCUCGACGGCGCGGCUGGAGUGCGGCGGCGGCGGCUCGUGCCUGGCCACCAAGGAGCGGCGGGCGCGGCUGCGGCGCCGGACGCGGGCGCUGCUCUUCUACGGGACGGACUUCCGCGCCUACGAGGCGCCGCUGCCUCGCCCGCCGCACCAGGCCUGGGCGCUGCUCCACGAGGAGUCGCCCAUGAACAACUACCUGCUCUCGCACGCCGCCGGCGCCAGGCUCUUCAACUACACCGCCACCUUCCGCCGAGAGUCCGGCUACCCGCUCAGCCUCCAGUGGCUGCCCGACCUCGACUACCUGCGCCGCCCGCCCGCGCUCGGCCUGGCCCAGAAGGAGAGCGCCCGGCGGCGGGAAGGCCUGGCCGCCGUCCUCUACAUCCAGUCCCACUGCGACGUCCCCUCCGACCGGGACAGGUACGUCGGGGAGCUGGCCAAGCACCUCCAGGUGGACUCUUACGGGGCAUGCCUGAACAACCGAGAGCUUCCCAGCGCGAGGCUGAAGGACACUUCUACAGCCACCACAGAGGACUCUGAAUUCAUGGCUCUUAUAUCCAAGUACAAGUUCCACCUGGCGAUGGAGAAUGCCAUCUGCCGCGACUACAUGACGGAGAAGCUUUGGCGGCCAAUGCACGUCGGAGCCGUUCCUAUAUAUCGAGGUUCCCCAUCGGUACGUGACUGGAUGCCGGACAAUCAUUCCAUCAUCCUCAUCGAUGACUUUGAGAGCCCCAAAGAGCUAGCAGAAUACAUUAAUUUUCUGGACAGGAAUCCGGAAAAAUAUUUGGAAUACCUGAAGUACAAGAGUCCCGGCGGCAUCACGAACCGGUUCUUGGUGGAGAGCAUGGAGAGGCGGGAGUGGGGAGUGAAUGAUAUGACCCUGCCUAAUUAUUUGAACGGGUUCGAGUGCUAUGUCUGCGACAAGGUAAAUGCCAGAAUGAAGGCGGAGGAGGAGCACAGGAAGUCUCGUGGGAAAGUGCCAGCCCCUGAGCCUGAAAUCGCCCAGUUCUCACACAUGGGGUGCCCGCCACCAGCACCUGGGUAUGGAAAUAUCGAAGACAUUCCUGAUGGAGACAGCUGGAAGGAGAUGUGGCUGCAGGAUUACUGGCAGAGCCUUGAUCAGGCUGAAGCCCUCACAGCCAUGAUUCACCACAACGAGUCGCAUCAGGGGAGAUUCUGGGACUACAUGCACCAAGUCUUCAUGAAGAGAACCCAGCAAAACUAACCAGACUUGUUAUUCCACCUUCUUCAGUGUUACGAGAGGCAAGCAGGGCACCCACAGAUUUACCAGCACCGAAAUUGUGGUUCCAGGACAACUUGGAAAUCAUCUUUUAUAUGUGGUAUUCUCACUUUGGAGAUUACUUUUUUUAAAAAAAUUCUUGCUUCCAAGAAAAGGCCAAUUCCGAACCAGCUUUUGGUAUUGGUUGAUUUGCCACUGCUCCAAGACGAGGAAGCCUCCCUGAUCUGUGGGGCAAAGAAAAGUAUUUAGCAUUUCUGCUGCUUCAGCGUCUCUCAGAAAGUACUUUUUGGUGUGUAUGUGCCAAAUUCCUUAACACGGACUGUUGGGCUUACUGUAAAAGUCCUGAAUGGUUGCACUUCAGGGAUUACCUCCAUUCAUAAGUAUUCUUCAACAUACAUUGGUUUCUUUAAUAUUUUUGAUAUAUUUCAUUUAAUAUGAAAGAGAACAGAACAAGAGUUUACACGAGCUCAGCUAUGCAGUAUUCAAAUAACCACUUCUAUACGGGCUGAAAUAUGUUAUGAACUGUGCACCUUAUUGUAGUGCAUUUCCUGUGUAGAAACUACACAGUUGCUCACUGUUCCCCCAGUGAUGUGACGGGUGCAAGCCAGCAGUAAAUCACACUGAGCAAGUAGGAGUUAACUCUUUAUUAGCAAAAGCAGGAUCUGGGAGUGUCAGGCCUAGUGAGCAGAGCAACCCAUCUCCGGUAGAUCUUGCCCCAUGGAUCAGUUGCUGAAACUGAAAGUCCCCACCUCCUCACAGCCGCCUCAGUGUUAGAAACAGAGAUAUGAAAGCUAGGAGCUAAAUGACACCCUAAACCUAGGUUAUGGGUGCCACAACGGAAUGCUAUUUUUAUAACAAGACUACAAAGCUGAAAAUGAAUGAAUUGCAGCUAAAAUCUUACGUUCGUUUUUCACAUGAUCUAGUCCUCAUCUGAAGACGGCAAAAAACAGAGCCAUGCUUCCCCUGCCCGCCCCCUUAAUAGUUGUAUGAGGGUCCCUCAAAACGCUGCCUUUCUGUAAGGCCAGCUGAGAGGCAGAACCUAUCAGCUUGCCUGAUACUGCAAUCAUUUCUUGGAAGUCGAGCGGGCAGGAAUUUCUCCUCCCAUGCCCUCAGCGCCAGCAGUGGCGGUUUUAAUCUGAAAUCUUGGGUUCAGUACUGCGCCCAGAGCUCAGAAAUUGCUUGCACUAAUGAAAUUCCCAGUUGCAAAAUGUGCCUAGAACAAUGGGAGUUUUGAACGCUGAGCUGCCCAAGUUCCCCUCCUUUUCAGUGUUUUCCCCAAGCAAUCAGACUGUGCCUGCGUGAAGCCAAUUUCUUUCUCCUUUUCUUGCCUCCUGGUUCUGGGAGACCGGCAGGAAAGGAGCUUUUUGCAGGAGGAGGGGCAGACACCUGUGCCUCUUCACCUGCCAGACUCCUCUCUCCUUCUUGGCCUCCGUCCUCUUCUGCCUCUGAUGCUGGACUUCUCUCUGUUACAGACUCUUCCUGCUCACCAAGACCUGUCACCUCUUCAGUUUCUGACACCUCCCCCCCCUUCCUUUCCCUUCCCUCCCUCUGACCACUCGCUGUCACCCCACCAUCAAUCCCUGGGCUCUGAGCCUUUCCUUGGGGUUCCCCAGCCAGUUCCAUCAUUCCUCUGUGUCCAUGACAUGAUGGUUUUAUUAGGCUGGUAAUGACAGGUAGCUUGAUGCGGGAAAGGAAUUGGAGUUAGGAACAAUGGACAAUUUGUGCUGAUUUCCGUUAGUUUUGUUUUGUUUGUUUUUAAAAAUACAGUGGUUCCUCGGGUUACAGACACUUCAGGUUACAGCCGCUUCAAGUUACAGACUCCGCUAUCCCAGAAAUAAUACCUUGGGUUAAGAACUUUGCUUCAGGAUGAGAACAGAAAUAGCGCAGUGGCAGCAGGAGGCCCCAUUAGCUAAAGUGGUACCUCAGGUUAAGAACAGUUUCAGGUUAAGAAAGGACCUCCAGAACGAAAUAAGUUCUUAACCCAAGGUACCACUGUAAUUAAAGUUUAUUGACAAACGCAUACAGAAUACAAUAGAAAUGAUGAAUGUGGCUAAUAGCAAGAAAUGUGAAAGGAGAAAAAUAAAACACAGGUGCAAAGGAGGGGUAAAAAACCAAGAAACGACUGAGAAUACAGUGCCGCAUUCAAUUGUUGCAUAUGAGAAGAAAAAAUUGGGUCAGUGUACUUGUCUGUAGAGCAGGAGGUUAGUGGGCUGGUCAGUUGAGUUCGCAUAGGAGAGAAACUUCAACCAUAUUGAGUAAAAAAGACCCAUCUCGAUGAACCGUUAGUGACUCUCUGUUAAUAUGCCCUGUGGAACUCCCUCCCACCAGAUGUCAAAGAGAACAACAACUACCAAGCUUUUAGAAGACAUCUGAAGGCAGCCCUCUUUAGGGAAGCUUUUAAUGUUUGAUGUAUUACUGUAUUUUAAUAUUUGGUUGGAAGCCGCCCAGAGUGGCUGGGGAAGCCCAGCCAGAUGGGCGGGGUAUAAAUAUUAAAUUAUUAUUAUUACAAUGUCCCAUACUUUCACUAACUACACCUCCUAGGAAGGAGGUGGUGUCGACUUCCAGUGGGCAGCCCCUGUCAAUCUGGCUGCGUCAAGAAUGCUUCGUCCAUCAGUUUAAUAAAAGUAUCGCCCCCCAAAAAAAACAUUUUUCUGUUCACAGAGGUACAUUUCUGUUUACAGAAUUAAAAAGGCUACGCAGUGGAUUGUUGGAAGUAUAUUCAAGUCCAGUUUUUGUACUUGUAUGGGUCAAGAUGUGUUGCAAACACUAGUUUUAACCUUCUUCCUUUACCCUUAAAACUCACGCUGUGUGCAAACGUAGCUCUUCAAUAAGAGGCAUACAAACGUGAUAUUCUUUAUCCAGAUACUUGGAAUCCAGCACAAUUUUCAGUCUCCAGGUAGUAGAGAACACAUGCUGUGUCUCACAGGUAUGACUGGUCACCUGCUGGACAGAAGUCAUGGGGGUGCAUGUGGCACAAGAGCCCCUCACCUUCAGCGAACAGGUUCAUUCCCUGGAGACCAAGGUGGCUGGCUGACCUGUCCUGGCUGGCUCCCAGGCCCUCGCCCUGUGGAAUGCCAUCCCAUCAGAUGUCAAAGAGAUGAAUAACUACAUAACCUUUAGAGGUCAUCUGAAGGCAGCCCUGAAUUGGGAAUCUUUUUAAUGUGUAAUUUUUUAUUAUGUUUUUAUAUAUGUUGGAAGCCACCCAGAGUGGCCACGGCAACCAGUCUGAUGGGAUAUGUGUGUGCUACAAAUAAUAAAUUGUUAUUGUUCUGAAAGGA